AUGGAAGGUAUUGAUCUUGGCUUUUUGGCAGAAGGUAGUCUCAAGCAAAGCGAUUUGUUUGACGUGGAAUGUAGUCGAAUUGGAGGACCUCCCCUAUUACUCCGGUCAGAAGAUGUAUCUUCUUUAAAGGAAAGAUGUGAUUCCAACAUGGACCUUUUAUUACAAAUGUACGCACCCAAGAACAAUGACGACUCGUUUCACCGUAUCAUCUAUGUCUUUGCCAACAAAGAUGGGAAAACUCAACAAGAAGGAUGGACGAAGGGGGUCCGUGUGUUCAGAUGCCAGGCUUCAGAAUCGGAAUUCGAAAACCUCAACCUUACAUUAGAUGAGAGUUCAAAUUCAAAACUAUGUAAUGCACGGGAAAUAGAGGUGGAUUCUGAGCCAUCGAAUGAAGCAUUGGAAGUUCAGCCAAAAAUCCUUGAGGACGUGAAAGUGGAAACCGAAAAUCCAACAAACGAGCCUUAUACAAAAGCUACUGGUGACACUUCCUUUCUAAAAUUCCAGAAGCGUAUAUCCAGAGCUCCAGACCAAAUACUACGCUAUUAUCAUUCUGCUUCCGCCGAGCCUUUAUGGUGUAAUAAGGAUGGAAUCCCUACCAGUGUCCCCGAUUGCUCUUGUGGUGCAAAGCGGAUUUUAGAAGCGCAAAUUGUCUCUACUUUAUUAACUGAGUUGAAUAUUGACCACUCUGCGGAAGAUGCCCUUGACUGGGGUGUCCUAUCCAUAUACACUUGCUCUGAAUCUUGUAAUUUAGCAAACAAGGGUAUUGCAGAAGAAGUAUGCUGGCUUCAAAAGUUUUCAGAUCAAGGCAUUGAAGCACCUGAGUAA